GGGGGAGCCGCGCGGUGCCGCCCCCCCCGCUCCGCGCCGCCCCCCGCGUCUCCCCGCCCCCGGCGCCGCCCCCCCCGGCCGGGGAUCGGCAGGAUGAAGAUGCUGCCCGGCGGCCCCGCGCCCCAGCCCCAGCCCCAGCCCCCGGCCCAGCCCCCGGCCCCGGCCCCGGGCCCGGCCCCGGCAGCCUUCCCCGCGCCGCCCAUGGAGCCCGACCCGCCCGACUCCCGCAAGCGGCCGCUCGAGACGCCCACGGAGGCCACGAGCACCAAGCGCAGCAACACGGGCGACGAGGGCGAAUACUUCCUCAAGGUGCUGAUCCCCAGCUACGCGGCCGGCUCCAUCAUUGGCAAGGGCGGGCAGACUAUCGUGCAGCUGCAGAAGGAGACGGGGGCCACCAUCAAGCUCUCCAAGUCCAAGGACUUCUACCCCGGCACCACGGAGCGCGUGUGCCUGGUGCAGGGCACGGCUGAGGCGCUGGGCGCGGUGCACAGCUUCAUCGCCGAGAAGGUGCGGGAGAUCCCGCAGGCCGCGGCCAAGCCCGACCCCGUCGGCAUCUUGCAGCCCCAGACCACCAUGAACCCUGACCGUGCCAAGCAGGCCAAGCUGAUCGUGCCCAACAGCACGGCGGGGCUCAUCAUUGGCAAGGGCGGCGCCACGGUCAAGGCCAUCAUGGAGCAGUCGGGCGCCUGGGUGCAGCUGAGCCAGAAGCCGGACGGCAUCAACCUGCAGGAGCGCGUGGUGACGGUGAGCGGCGAGCCCGAGCAGGUGCACAAGGCCGUGGGGCUCAUGGUGCAGAAGAUCCAGGAGGACCCGCAGAGCAGCAGCUGCCUCAACAUCAGCUACGCCAACGUGGCCGGGCCCGUGGCCAACUCCAACCCCACCGGCUCGCCCUACGCCAACGCGGCCGACGUGCUGCCCGCCGCGGCCGCUGCCGCCACUGCCACCGGGCUGCUGGGCCCCACCGGGCUGGCGGGCGUGGGCGCCUUCCCCGCCACCCUGCCCGGCUUCUCGGGCAGCGACUUGCUGGCCAUCAGCACGGCGCUCAACACGCUGGCCAGCUACGGCUACAACACCACCUCGCUGGGGCUGGGCCUCAACUCCGCCGCCGCCUCGGGGGUGCUGGCGGCCGUGGCCGCGGGCGCCAACCCAGCCGCCGCAGCCGCUGCCAACCUGCUGGCCUCCUACGCCAACGAGGCCUCGGGUGCUGCCGGCACGGCCGCUGCUGCGCCCGCUGGCGCCUUCGCCCUGGGCUCGCUGGCAGGCGCCGCCAACGGCUACCUGGGCACGGCCGGGCCGCUGGUGGCCGCCGGGUCCUUCCUGGCCACGGAGAAGCUGGUGGAGAGCGCCAAGGAGCUGGUGGAGAUCGCCGUGCCCGAGAACCUGGUGGGCGCCAUCCUGGGCAAGGGCGGCAAGACGCUGGUGGAGUACCAGGAGCUGACCGGCGCCCGCAUCCAGAUCUCCAAGAAGGGCGACUUCAUCCCCGGCACCCGCAACCGCAAGGUCACCAUCACCGGCUCGCCGGCCGCCACGCAGGCCGCGCAGUACCUCAUCAGCCAGCGCGUCACCUACGAGCAGGGCGUGCGCGCCACCAACCCCCAGAAAGUGGGGUAGGGCGGGGGGCCGGGGCCGCAGGCGGGGUGGGGGGGCUCUGCGGCCGUGGCCGACCGACGCAGGGACAGAAAAGAACCCCCCCCUCUUCCUCCCCCUGCCCCGCCCCUUUUUUUGCCCUGUGCUCUGCCCCCUCCGUGGGGGCAGGGCCGAGCUGGCGGGGUCGGGGGGAACCCCGCCAGCGCUGUCUGAUAUGUAUAUAUUGCAAUUUUUUUUUUUUAAUAGAAAAAAUAAGGACCUGGGUGA